GUAUCAGGAUGUUUUUAAGCAGUAGUCACAAUGAGAAUUUGAACUGAGUUUGAUCCUUACAGGAACUGCAUGAGAAGUGCAGACUCAGCUCAGCUCAGCUCACAGUCACGUGACCUGCAGUCAUAUGACUGUCUGAGCCCAGCUCCUCUAUUGCUGCAAAACGGGAGGACCUGUGUCUGGUAAGUACUGAAUGGGUAAAGGGGGGGACUGAGUCUGUAUUAAAAAAUACUGGGAGCUGGACUAAACUCUUGUUUUAAGCGCCAUGCUCCUCCAAAAUACUGAAAGGAGCUCUGGCUUUAUCUUCUGAAUGAAAGUAAACAAAACGAAAGUGCUUCUCCUAACUGUUGCUUUAUGGAUGUGUUAGGACAUAUUUGCACUGUGCUGCAAUACAGUGCCAUAGAUAUAGUAAUCCUAUUCACAGCUGAUAACAGAGCACAGUUCACUUUGUUUUUGUAUAUUUAAACCACAUGCUACAGAUGGAAUGCUCUGAAAUGAUGAGUUACCUGCAGAGUAUCUUUUUAUCAUUGGCCCUGUUUAGAUGAACUAAACAGCUCAUAUAUUAUGAGCAGUACAUCAUUUACUGCACUCAUAUGUGAUUUAUUUCGCUUUAGUCCUUGAUGACAGAUACCUUUAAUUUACUUGUUAGUCUCAGGUGUCCAAAAGGAACACUCAUGUUCCUUCAACUACUUACCUUUUUUUUUUUUUUUCUCCGGUGUUAUACUAUUUGCAUGGUGCUGGAUUACAAGGUAGUAGAAUGCUUAUUUUGCAGCUUUUACUGCAAACAAAGUGGGGGGGGGACCUAAUUCAUAGUGCCAAAUAGGGCAUAUUAAACAGGAAAGGUCCCCACCCCACAAAGUGUUGAAGUAGUAAUUUAAGUUUACUAAAGUGCUGUAUGUGCCUUAGUCUGUCAUAUUUGUGACAGUUUAUAAAAGGGCCUAUUUCAAUAGAAACCUGCACUUUAAAGGACCACUAUAGUGCCAGGAAAACAUACUCGUUUUCCUGGCACUAUAGUGCCCUGUGGGUGCCCCCACCCUCACUGUCCCCUUCCCGCCCAGCUCUGGAAGGGGGAAAGGGGUUAAAACUUACCUUUUUCCAGCACUGGGCGGGGAGCUCUCCUCCUCCGUUCCUCCCCGUCGGCUGAAUGCGCACGCGCGGCAGAAGCUGUGCACGCAUUCAGCCGGUCGCAUAGGAAAGCUUUAUCAAUGCUUUCCUAUGGACGCUUGCGUGUGCUCACUGUGAUUUUCAUAGUGAGAAUCACGCAAGCGCCUCUAGCGGCUGUCAAUGAGACAGCCGCUAGAGGCUUUGGGGGAAGGCUUAACCAAUUCAUAAACAUAGCAGUUUCUCUGAAACUGCUAUGUUUAUAAAAGAAUGGGUUAACCCUAGCUGGACCUGGCACCCAGACCACUUCAUUAAGCUGAAGUGGUCUGGGUGCCUAGAGUGGUCCUUUAAUAAUUGGUAAGCGGCAGGGGCGCUAAGCUUAUUGAGAAGCAUAGGAAAGUGUCUCCAGCAGGGGCGUAACUUGAAACCACAGUGCCCGGUGUGAAAAUUGCCCUGGGGCCCUCCAUGUGUCUCAUUCACACACCCCCGGUGGGUGGGUGACUGGAUUGGGGGAGUUAUUGUGACAGUGUGUGUAGAGGGGUGACUGUGUGUGAGGGUAACAGAUACAGAAACACAGAUGCAUACACUGACACACACACAGAUAAACAGAGAAACACACUGACAUCCAUGUAGAUACCCACAAUAUAACACAUACAGAUACAUACACCGACACACAUGCUGAUACAUAGGGGCACACACUGACACACAUGCUGAUACACAAGCAAACAGAUACACAAGCACACAUACGGACAGACAAACAGAUACACACAGAUAUACAGAUAUUCAGACACACACAUGCAAACUGUAAAACAUGCAUCAUUUAGGUGCAGGAUGUUUUUUUUUCCCCUCGGGUCCAGUUGCUGCCUCAGACUGAUGAGAGUCAGAACUCUCUCAUCCUUCUUCUCCUGCGCAGCUCUGUUAGCUGGGAGUAAGUGACCGCUUCCUCCCAGUGCUCUGAUAUCACAAAGGGCCAGGUCGCACUCUUAAAGCGCCAGCUCACCAGGCCCCUGUAAAUACAUUGCUAUCGGGUGUCCCUCAUGGAGGCCCUGGGGGUAUUUCCAUGCGGCCGGGCCCCCUGGAGUGAUGGGCCUGCGACCACUGUAGUUCUGCCACUGGUCUCCAGCACAGAGGCUUCUCUGUGAGUCUUCCCAGGGAAAUAAGGAAGGGCUUGCAGAGGCUGCAAACUGCAAGUCUACAGCUCAUGCCAGUUGUUGUUUUUUCUUUUUAUAUAUAUAUAUAUAUAUAUAUAUAUAUCCCCACAGAAAUAAAUACAUAAAUACAUGUUUGUUUUCUUUGUGGUGAGUAGAUCUAGUAAAUUGUUUAAACCCCCCCGCACCCCCAAAAAAAGUUUCGAUAUAGUGUUACAAAAAAUUUCAGUUCAGUUUAACUAACAGCUCCCAAUAUAAUAAAUGUAUGAAUUACCAUUGUAACAUAUAUUUUUGUGUUUUGCUUUAACCAUGCUCUAUUGUUGCAUACGUGCUGCCCCUUUGCUCCUGCGCCGUCAUUCUGGAGUAUGUGUCAAUGUGUAGAUUGUUAUUGUAGAGGUAUACUAUAUCUUCUCCAAGAGGUAUAUUCUGUCCAGAUAUUGUAUACAGUGGUAUAGUAUUUGAUACAUGCUAUUUACUGUAUGCAAUAUCGUUCUAUUGUUUACUGCCAAACGUGGCCAAAUUCAGUGAGAUCAAGUUCUGUAUAGACUGUUGUGCUUGUUGCUGUAUUCAUUGUGCUGGUUCAGAACCCCAUUAACUUGGCUUUUAUUAUCCAUAAUCAUUUUAUUGCUGGAGGAAAGCAUGAGCAAUCAAUCUCUAGUCCAUGAAUGUAAAACCAAGCUAUGUGUUGUUGUUUUUUUUUAUUUUUUUUAUUAGAUACAAUGAAACUCAUCAUUCUGGAUAAUUAUGACCAGGCCAGUGAGUGGGCUGCAAAGUACAUUAGAAAUCGGAUAAUACACUUCAAUCCAAGUCCUGACAAGUACUUUACUUUAGGCCUUCCUACAGGUAAGUGACAUUUCUGUAAACAAAUCUCUUCUUGUGAAAAAGUAGCCACUUUUUUUCCUCUCCUCAAUAUAUUUCAUUUCACCUGAUUAUAUUUUGUGCAGUAACCAUAUCUGCAGCCAAAAGAUAAAGGGAGGACAAGUCCUGGAGAAGCAUAUUUCACAGUAGCGCUUUUAUUUCUCCCCCAGAAGCACCGUAGAUGAUACGGACCUUUUAAAUUGACCUUGCACCACAAGUCAUGGGCCUUGUAAUGCACCUUCUCCACAGAAAUAGGCACUACCUAAAACCAAGAUACAAGCAAAACAAGGGAUACGGCUGUAAAAUCUAAAAAAAACAAACCAUAAAUAGAACAUAGUGCAGUACAAUUUUAACAGGUAAUAUACGCUGUAUACAGGUGCAUUCACAAGAUAUAGACGUAUAAUGCGCUCAAGGGUGCCUCCCCCGAUGUAUUUGGGGGGCUGAAAAUCUCCCUCCGCUGCCCACAGAAUUGCAGGAAAUCAGGACUCCAGAUUGUAGUUAAAAAAUAAAUAAAUAAAUAAAAAAAAGCGGCUUUUAUUAUAACAGCAGUAGGUGUGGUCUUACACAUUUCUUCAGAGACCAUAAAAUCACAGCAAUUACAAAUUCUUGUACAGAAAUAGCAGCCUAACAAUUCCCUCCCCAGAGUCCCUUUAAAUAGGGUUAAUCCCUGAGUUCAUUGGGGGUUCAGAGGGUGUUGUUUCCAAUCCGUGGUCCUACUGGUUCCAUUCUUGCACUGGAUCACCUGUAGAUCUUCAAGAAAAUCAUCUCCCAUAUAUCAGCUGGUAAUUAGAAAUCUGCCAAAAACCAGAACCGGAAGUGCAUUCUAUUGGACAGUUCCACAUUCCAUUUGUUGAGUGAUGUGAGCCACAGAGUUCCAAACGGCUGUAUACAUGCCAUAGAGUUCACUGGAAUGAUGUGCGGCCUCUAGUGGUAAUACAAGAUUUAACAUUGAUGUUAACAAAAACAGAACGAGUAUUCGAUCUGCUAAAGAGAAAAAUUUAUUAAAGGACCACUAUAGUGCCAGGAAAACAAACUCAUUUUCCUGGCACUAUAGUGGUAAUAGGGCCCCCCUCCCGCCGGACUCUUGGGGGAGGAAGGGGUUAAACUCUUACCUUUCUCCAGCGCCGGGCUCCCUCGGCGCUGGCGACUCUCCUCCUUCUGACUUCAUCAGCUGAAUGCGCAUGCACGGCCAGAGCCGCACGCGCAUUCAGUCAGAUCAUAGGAAAGCAUUUCUCAAUGCUUUCCCAUGGACGCUGGCUUAUUUUCACUGUGAAAAUCACAGUGGGAAGCGCCUCUAGCGGCUAUCAGUGAGACAGCCACUAGAGGCUGGAUUUCUCUGAAACUAUGUUUACAGCAGGCAAGGUUAAUCCUAGAUGGAGCUGGCACCCAGACCACUUCAUUAAGCUGAAGUGGUCUGGGUGCCUAUAGUGGUCCUUUAUACCAUCAAUUGAUAUUUAAACAGAACCCUUAAAAUGAAUUUAAGUGCAAGAUAAUGAACUCAUAUCUUGAGAUUAUUGCAUAGUAUAGAAAAUUGUUUUACUUUUACUGAUUCACUCUUUUUUUUUGUGUGUGUGUGUGUUUAUUUGACAUCGCUCUAAUAAAAAUAAUCAUUUAAAGUUACAAUGGAUAUGUAAAGUGAACUCAUUCUGGAUGUCAAUUGUUCUCUAUCAUGUUUUGAAAAGCAAUUACCUAAAACCACACUAACAAACGGAGCUGUGACGAUUCCAAAGACAGUCUUUAUCUUGUAGAGUGUGCAAGAGUGUUACAUGGAUGCUCUCUAACUCCUACACUAAGGAUCAGGCGUUAGAACUAUGUUUUGUGGUUGCCCCUCACUUGAAAAUUCCCUUUCAACCUUGAAAAGUGCUGUGCACCCUCUGUUGGUUCAGAAUACUUGUUUGUUUGUUUUUUGGCAGAACUGCCAUUUUAUAAAGUUAGGCCACAUAAGUUUCCCAAUAGAAGCUUCACUCUUCCAGUGUUUUUUGGGACUUCUAUAAUAUCGCUGUCACAGUGAAUUGGCUCUACUGUCUGUCUGUACUUGGUGCCUUCAGAAUCUUUUACAAUCUUGAAUAGAUAUGUGGUGUCUAAAUCUUCCACAAAAGAUAAACCCAGACCACAUCAAGGGAAACAAUCCAUCUCCCUAGUUUCUACAAAGCAGCUGAAAUAUCUUCCAUUAUUUUUCCUCUACUGGAUACCAAAUUGGGCAAACUGAUGGUACCCAUAAAGUCCAGUCCUUCACGGUUCUCUUCACAAGCACAACACAUUACCUCUGCAGUAGAGGAUGACACCUCCCAAUCUCAUAAUUACAACAAACCAUCCUCAAAUAACAGGGGCAGUUUAUCCCUUACCUCUCUCAUAGACAGAAUAGAGGAUUUGGAAAACAGGAGCAGAACAAACAACAUAUUGUUGGCUUGUCUGACUCUAUUAAAGGAACUGCUUUUCACAAAUUAGAAUCACUUGGGUCCAAAGCCAAGAAAUAAUGUGCAAAGACUACAGGCAGUUAUAGUUAGCAUUCUCAAAUUUCCUGAUAAGAUCAAGCUCCUGUUGUUGUUUUUUUGCAAACUGGAAUAUGAAAACUUCUCUGCUCAACUAACACAAAACAUAAGCUUGCUUUAAGGUCUCCUCUGUGACAUAUGUCAAACAAGCAAUAUUAACGUAACCUACAUCUACAUCCGUUUUUGAAGAUCUGACCAAGGCUAACAAUUUUUAUUGUGCAGAAAACUGUAUCCAUCACUCCAUACACCUUUCCUUCCAACAGGGGUACAGGAGAGAUACAAGGAUCCACUCCUUAAGGGUCUACAGGUUGAAAGACUUUCUUGUUAUUGUCAAGUAUAUUUAUUUUUUUGCCAUGUUUUUAUGGUUACCACUGUGACUGUUAAACAGAUGUUGCCGUGUUUUGGUUUUUUUUUUUCUUCCACUUACGCGAACAUUUUGUUUAUAUUCGGUUUCCUUCUAAUUUGUUUGCAGUAUUACAACUGGAAUUUAUUAACGAUCAUAGCCUACUCUACUUGUUACAAAACUGUAUUCCUAACACUAUAUUGUCCCUCUUCUUUUUUGCUACCUAGCCCAGUCAAGAAAGGAUUAAAACCUGUUUGUUUGUUUUUUUUUGUUGUUGUUUUUUUACUUACCUGAUUCUAGCACCGAGUUCCUUUAGCACUAGAUUGGGCUCUUUCUGCGACUUCAUGCAAAUCCAGGAAAAUACUUUGCGGCGAGUGACUUACACAUUAGGCCUUCCCCAUAGGAAAGCAUCGAAUCAAUGCUUUCUUAUAGGAUUUUUCAAGAUGCUGGAUGCCCAGCGUGGUUUCACGAAAUUAAACCAAGUGGAACUGCAGGAAGCGUUUCUAGUGGCUGUUAGGUAGAAAACCACUAGAGAUAGUCUUAACUCCUUAAUGUUAACAUUGCAGUUUCUCUAGACAGAGACGCUGCACCCAGAACACUUCAAUCACACAAAGUGGUCUGGGUGCCUAUAGUGUCCCUUUUAACUCUGAUUUUAGUUUUUAGUCCUUUUUAACCUGGUUAACCUGUUUUGCCUAGUUUCCAACAAUUGUCUUAUUUUGGUUUGCCAGACAGACAUUUUUGUAACGGUAUAUUUUAGCUCUGUCUCUCUUUUAGUCACGUUAAUACUUGAGAGAUGGUUGCUUCUGGGGCAACCUAAUUUCCGUGUCAAGUGAGCUACCUCCUUGGGUCACACAUCAUUCCCAUUUUUUUUAGAUGACAGAUGGUUAAACAGACAUCUCUAAACCUGCCAAUUUACAACUAGGAACAGUUGUGUUCCUUGAAAUGCCUUUCAAAACUCUUCACAAAGCCAAAUUCACACCUGUCUUGAGGUUUAGAAUUAGGCAUUCCAACGCAGAUAAUAUUCCAAAAUGAUCCCACAAGAAUGCUAAUAUGUUGCUGUGGGGGGGAAUGCACCCGUAUUUUUCUUUUUACAUUUAAAAAUGCAUCACUCAAAUAGCUAGCUGCCAUUGUAAACUGACCCCAUUGUGGAUUAGAAGGGCUGGAGAGCACCAUUAUGUGCGCAAGCUCUGUUGCACUAACCGAAAACAGUUAGUAGUAUACUGUAUUUUAAAACAUUGGAUCAUCUUUUCACCCAAGCUUUCAUCAGAUUGUAAGAUUUAACUCAGAUUGGUCAAAUACCUCACUCCAUAAAGAUAAAUUUACAUUUGCCCUGUACAAGUACCCUAAAGUGAAUCUUGUCAUGCACUGACUUUUGUGUGACCAUUCUGCUUUAAAAUAUUUAAUAGUACAAACGAGCAUUCAUUUAGAAAAUUAAUUUAAUAAAACUAGCAUUUUUGUAACACUAAUCAAGUAAAGACUUGUGUCCAGUUGACACUUGUUUUAGUGACAUUUUGUGUGGACAUUCAAUAUUGUGAAGAUCACACAAGUGUGGUAAUAAUUGUGUUGAUGUAUUUAACCCUUACAGGAAGCACACCAUUGGGAUGUUAUAAAAAACUAAUCGAGUAUCAUAAGAAUGGAGACAUUUCCUUCAAAUAUGUGAAAACAUUCAACAUGGAUGAAUAUGUGGGUAAGUUUGUAGUAGAACAUUAAAUGUGUGCAUUUAUUCACUAAAUGGCGAAUUGUAAAACAGAUUGCAAAAUAUAGGCCACUCUUAACUCAGGGUCAUCAUUUGCUGCUAAACUACAAAGCGCAAUGUGAGGGUGCACAAACACAGAGAACUGCGUGAGUAAAUACUCGUUCUUGCGCUUCUUGACUAAGCACACGGAAACACCUUGUACUUCUCUACCUGUCCUCUCUGUUGUUGCCAAAUUGCAUGCCUGACAGGGAAACACACAAGUGGGAACUUUGUGCCCUUGCACUCCUUCUGCGGGAUGAAAUAUAAAAGUUUGGCAGGCCAUAUGUUUCACAUGCUUCCUUGAAUGUCCUUUGACUGAUUGAACUCAUUCUACGAAGUCCUGCUGCUAUAUGUGAAUGGUAUGACUAUGGUCAGGCAGGUUCAAUGCCCCAUGUCAAAUAACCACCUCUUAACAAAUAUUACAUCAAGACCACAGUUCAAACCAAUAAACUUAUUAAUUGGUGUUAAAGUUCACUUUGGGAAACAGUUUUAUAUAUUGUGCAAUGUUUAUUCAAUCUACCAUUAUGAUGUUUUGGACUUACUAACUUGAUUUGAUUUGCUCCUGCCGACCUUAUGAAAACAAAAUAUUUAAUUGGACAGUUGUAAUGGAACAUGAUCAAAUAAAUAAAACUGAUAAGUGUAAAAAUCUAGUCAAAUAUUUAAAAACAAAACAAAAAACCUAAUCCUACCUAUUAGAAGCAGCAAAGUUUUACAUUGUCAGACAAAAACAUUUAGUAUCUAGGCACCAAAGCCAUUGAGUGAAGAUGUAGUGGUUUUGGUACUUAGAGUGUCCAUUUAAUUGUUCACAUGUCAAUUACGAUUUCUACUUCAAAAUUGGUCAGUGGUAUAAAUGUUUAUUAUGAAGUUCUUCUACAAUGAUCCAGAACCUUAAAACCAGCACAAAACCAUUACAGGUUUAUUCACUGAAGUGAUAAUUGCUGGGAAUUAAAAGUGAAUUUCAAAUUUAAGGACAAUGUAGCUGACUAGGGGAAUUUUUUCAAUAUGGCUGUUUUGGCCUUAAAUUUCAAACUAGUUUUCAAUUCCCAUCAAUUCUCACUCUAGUGUUGAUGGGUCUACCCGAAAGCAGGAACCCAGACGUUGUCUUCUAUAGAAAGAUUUUCAACAAUAAGAAGAAAACAUUCCUUCAUCAUAUAGCAUGACAUUGAAAAUGUAAUUUUGCAGGCCUUCCCAGAGAUCAUCCAGAGAGUUAUCACUCUUUUAUGUGGAAUAACUUCUUCAAGCACAUUGACAUCUGUCCAGAAAACGCACAUAUAUUGGAUGGAAAUGCUCCUGACUUGGCGGCUGAGUGUGACUUGUUUGAAGAGAAAAUCCGCGAGGCUGGAGGGAUAGAACUCUUUGUUGGAGGCAAGUGAAUUAAACCCAUGAAAUUAUUUAUUUUGAGUGUGUUGUGCUCUAUAAUAUGUUUUGUUAGUAAUGAAAGUAGAUCACUAUUCUGGAAUUGAAUGACAGCAGUAUCUCCUGACCUCACAUUUAGUAAAGACUUCAAUACCCAUAACUUAAAACUUCAGAGUCAAUAGCAAGAUCAUCAAAAAAACUUACUAAUAAGCAUGUUUCAUUUGUUGACUGAAAAACCCCACCAGCACUACUGACCACACAUACAAGCCAGGUGGAUUUAUAAGUGUCAUUAGCAAUACCAACCUAUAUAUUAGCAAUACCAACCUGUACAAUUGUCCUAUUGCAUAGGCCACGAAAGGAACCUACAGUGAGCAAAGUAUUCUUUUAGGAGAUGGAAUGUUACUUUAUAAUAAAAGUGAUUUUGUGUUUCUUUUUUGUUGUUGCUUUUCUCUCAUCUAUUAUUUGUUUUCUCAAAAUUCAUUGUGUUUGGUGUUAAUGCUAGUGUGUAGACUUUGUUUCUUACACAUAUCUACUAUUGCAUACAUUUUUUCCUCAAGGUAUUGGUCCUGAUGGUCACAUAGCUUUCAACGAGCCCGGAUCAAGCUUAGUAUCCAGAACCAGAGUGAAGACCCUAGCUAUGGACACUAUAUUGGCCAAUGCUCGCUUCUUUGAUGGAAAUCUCUCCAAAGUGCCAACUAUGGCUUUGACUGUUGGCGUUGGAACAGUUAUGGAUUCCAAAGAGGUGUGCAUGUGAAGUAAACGUGUCACUUGAUUGGUUCUUUGGGCAGUAGGGCAGAGUCAAGCAUAUCAACUUGAGAUCUCUCUCUAUCUAUCUAUCUAUCUAUCUCUGUGUGUUGUUAAAUAGUAGAAGAAUUUAUAUCCUAGUCCUGUUUUCAUUCAUCCAGGUUAUGAUUCUCAUUACUGGGGCCCACAAAGCAUUUGCCCUUUAUAAAGCCAUUGAGGAAGGAGUUAAUCACAUGUGGACUGUGUCUGCCUUCCAGCAACACCCCAAUACUGUAUUUGUCUGCGAUGAGGAUGCAACAUUAGAGCUUCGUGUGAAGACUGUGAAAUAUUUUAAAGGUAUUCUUUGAGCAGGGUUAAAACUUAUAUUACAGCUGAUGUUGAAUUACUUUUUAUAGUGCUAUAUCUUUUUUUUUUUAUAGAGAAUAAUACUUAUCAUUAUUACAGAUGAUCUCUGAUAAUCCAGUGCUUACCCAUAGUUAAGCAUUGAGGUAUUAGCAAUCGGUACGCUAUGCCAGCCAGCAACGCUACAUAGAGAUGCAUUACAUCGAUGCUGGGAAGUGUAUGGGGAGCGUUCAGCGUCUUCAUGAAGAUACUGAAUGACGGUCUUGCAAAGAUUGUAGGGCUGCACCAGGAAGGGCCUCUACUGAUGGAGUGUCUUAGAGAUAAAUCUGAACAUUGCCUUUUCUCCCAAAAGGCAUCAUUUCCAAUUGUCAUAUUGCAGUGGCAGUCUCUUUGCAACAGAACCAUUACAUUCAGCUGUAGUAGUUGUAGUGCAUAACGUUUCCCUUUAAGCUAGUAAUAUCCAGUUGUACUUUUAUGCUACUAGCACCCAGCAACAUAGAGAUAGAAACCAUAAUCAUGGGUUCUGCAUUAAAUGCGUGCACAGCCAUUCCCUCCCAUGAUUCUAUGUAUGGGUCUCCACAAUAGUUAGUGUGUAUCUGCACUGUAGCCAUUGAGUUGGGAGGUGAACAUAGGGGCAUGUACUGUGUCGGCAAUCUUUUCUGGAAACCUUGUACUAGGAUACAUAUAUACUAAUCUACAUAAUUUUUAAGCAAUUAAUUACAUUUUAGAUCUUACCAAAAUUAGACUUUAUCAUCACACAUCUGCUUGUGACAGGUCAACAUACCAUAAUUUUCUGCAGGAGUGAAAUUUAAUUUUCUUUUUGCAUUAUUUUUCUUUGGCUGCUAGGCAUGACUUUUCAUGCCAACAUGCUUUACUCAACAUAAAAGCAAAGAUGCAUUUCUUGCCACUGAAACUGUUAACCAAAAUGCAUCACUUCCACCUCAGCAUUAUGAGUCUCUUGAUGCUUGCGAACAAUUCUUCAAUCAAAGUUUGAGAUUAGAAGACAGCAAGGACUCUUACUUGGUGAACUCAGUCAUGUUAAAUAGGCUGCUGAUAUUGAGUAUUUGGGACUUGUUUACAGUAUUAAAACUCUGUUGGUACUGCAACACAAGUUACUGAUUAAGUAGAAAUACAGAAAUACAUUCAGAUUUUGAAAAAUAAUUUAUUUCAUUGUACACACUAGCACUGUAACUAGAAUUGUAUAUUCAUUCAUAUUUUUCCAGGCAUACUCUAGAGCCCCACCUGCUGGUCAUUAUUAAAGGGAUUCUCUAGUGCCAGGAAAACAAACCCAUUUCCUGGCAUUAGAGAAUCCUGGAGUGCCUGGUCGACCGCCACUAGAGGAGGACUGUAAUUAUUGCAGUUUUGUAAAAAUUUCCCCCAUCUCCCUUUAUUUACUGACUCUGUUCAUAUGGCUUGCUGCCCAGUUGCUAGUUUAAGUAAUGUUGAGAAUGCACUGAGGGGUACAUAUUGCUGUUCAGGAAAACAUGAUUGAGGUAAACGCUCUAACUCCAAUAAUGUAGCUAUGUUUGGCAUAUGAUAUAGCUAUAUUUGUAUUUCAUUAUUUGCUUAUCAUAACAUGUAAACUCUCUCAGCUGAAUGUGUUCUCUGCAUAGAGGUGUUCUCCAUUUUAAGUUGAGUAAAUUUGCGUGCACUCUGAAGUAGUGUAGAUUAUGAUUGCUUGUGGAUAUAGAGCAGUAUUGUUGCUAAACACUUCUCUCAUUGAUUCUAAAUGUAUUUUAUUUGUGGUAAAACAUGUAGAACCCAUGAGCUAAAAAAAAUAAAAAUCUGAUCUGGCUUAUUUAUAUUAAAAAGAAACAGUUAAUUACCCUUUUCAAGUUUGCAUGUCACGUUACUCCAGUAAAAAAAAAAAAAAUCAACAUCAUUCUGUACAUGCAAAUAUAUCCAUACAUAAUCAUACAAGAUUAAAGGGACACUAUAGUCACCAGAACAACUACAGCUAAAUGUAGUUGUUCUGGUGAGUAGAAUAGCUCACUUCAGGCAUUUUCAUGCAAACACUGUGUUUUCAGAGAAAAGGAAGUGUUUACAUUGCCCCUAGGGACAACUCCUAGUGGCCACUGGAGGUGCUUCCUGGCUCAGGGCUGCAGUAAGCGUCCCCGUUCAGCGUCCCCGUGCUCUGCAUGGAGAUGCAGAGUUUUCCUCAGAGUAUUGAUUCAAUGCAUCUCUAUGAGGAGGUCCUGAUUGGCCAAAAUGGCAUUUGGCCCCGCCCUCAAUUGGCUAAAAAGCGGCCAUAUUGAUUGUCACAAAUGGGGCGGAGCCAGCGCCAGCCGACCCGCGCGGUGCUGGAAAUAGGGUGAGUUUUAAACUUUUAUAGGGGGCUAAGGGAGGGCAACCACCUAAAUGGUGGGUUUAGCACUAUAUGGUCAGGAAUACAUCUUUGUGUUCCCUGACCCUAUAGUGAUCCUUUAAAACCCGGAAAAGGGAGGACAUUUUUUUUUUAUUUUUUUUUUUUAAUUUGACAAUUUUUAUUUUCAUAAAAAUUUGUUACAGAAAGGAAUAAAUUAUUAUUAUUAUUAUUAUAUUUAUAGAGCGCCGUCAAAUUCCGCAGCGCUUUACAAUGGGUGGACGAACAGACAUGUAGUUGUAACCAGACAAGUUGGACACACAGGAACAGAGGGGUUGAGGGCCCUGCUCAACCUUUCUGAAUAAUUGUAUUAUUGGAGAAACAUUGCAGGUUGGAAGGAAGAUAAAGGAAGCAGUAACAUUACUUAUUAGGGACAGUAAACCGUAUAAAAGUAUUUGGGAGUAGAGGUAUAGGGAGGGACAGAGGAGAGUGGCUUUAAGAUGUAGAAUGCUGAUUUAAAAAAAAUAAUAAUAAUUCCCGACAUAGAAAAAUACAGGUAAUUAUACAGGCUAAAAUAUAAAUGCAUUAAAGAUGUGUUGGUAUCCAAAGUGUCCUAGAUCAAUAGUAACAAAGACCCGUUCCUGGGAGCCCAGUGUACACCUACUCUUAGGAUAUCAUUCACUGCCAACCAAUAUUAAUUUUAAUGAUAUGAUAAGGAGAGCAAUUCUAAAACUGUAGCCAGGUUGAGGUACUGGAGUGUCAGAUCAUAAGGAGAUUCUGUAAUUCUUUUGCAUCCAAGUUCCUUGUCAAGUUAAUGCAAUAACUUAUUUGAGCUGGGCAAAUUAUCUAGGUCUUUGUUUGACACUAGCUACAUAUCAUAAAUAAGAUGUUUUGCAAAUGAUAAAAAAAGCAUUGUAAAGCUGCCAUUAUAUGUAUUUAUUUUGCUUUGGAAAGAAAACAAAAAAAAUUCUGCAGUUUGCAUCUCUCAAACACCCAUGUAUAUUAUCAAUACAUACCUAAUCAAUGAUUCACAAUGAAAGCAACAAUGUAGUGUGGUUAUGAAGUGCAUUGUCCCACAUUUCAAGUGACCAGGAGUCUGGAAAUUGUAAAUCUGACACAAAUAAUUAAUUUGUUUAUUAUAGAAUAGUUCCUUCUGUGUAUAGAGUUUUUUUGGGGUUCACUCACUAAACUGGUAGUAGGGCAGAACUGAUAAAGUUUCAGCUGGAAAAACAGCUGUUGAAGAAUGUUUUGAGUUUGGCAAUUUUGGAUUAAAGAAACAUCUCAAUGAAGUGGUCUGGGUGCAGUGCCCCUGUCAUUUUUACCCUACAAUGUAAACAUUGCCUUUCACUGGCAGCGUAUCCAUUGCAGGACUAAACAUACCUUUUGUGGUUGUCUUCUUGACAGCUAUUAGAUUGACCGAAAUCAAUUGGAGAAGUGUGACAUUUGCUGCGCAUGUGCUUUUUGUUCCCAAGCAUUGAUUGGUGGAGAAGAUUAAGUGAUGCCUGCCCCCCUGACACUGGGGGAGUAGGAGCGGGCUGUAGCACGGAGUAUGAGCAUCGUUGUGGAGGAAUUAUGAUUCUUUACAACAUCGCUUCAGUUCUUCAAGGUUUGAGUUAGACUGGGCCAUUGCAACAAUAUCUAUUUGUGUGUGUGUGUGUGUGUGUAUAUAUAUAUAUAUAUAUGUGUGUGUACACCCCUCACAUUUUUGUAAUAUUUUAUUAUAUAUUUUCAUGUAACAACACUGAAGAAAUUACACUCUGCUACACUGUAAAGUACAGCCUGUAUAAAAGUGUAAACUUGCUGUCCCCUCAAAAUAACUCGCCACAGAGUCCCUUUAAAUUCAAUGCUGUGCAGCUAAUGUUCAUAAAAUCCUCAAUGCUUCUUUAAAAUAAGCAUUGGAUUGGUCCAUGCCAGAGGAUCGACACCUCUUCGAAGACCUCUCGAGAGUUAAAAAAGGUUUGUAAAAACCCAUUUUUUUUAUAUUUUUGGGGCAAAGGGGUCUGAAUCUAUCUAGGGAGAGAGGCACUAUAGUGUUAGAAAUACAGGUUUGUGUUCCUCACAAUGUAGUAUUUCUUUAACGCUGCCAUGUAAAAGAGAACUGCUGAAAUUAUUCAAGAAAUUGGCAUAAUUGCCAUGUGGGCAUCAAAUAGAAAAUGGAUACUGAUGCAUAAUUGCCAUGUGGGCAUCAAAUGGAAAAUUAAAAAUAUUAUAUAAUUAGCCCUUGUUUUCCUACUUAAAACCAUGGCAGCAUUAACGAAUUGAUAGCUGCACCCUUUUGAUCAGGAAAAUAGAAUAUUUCAGUAGGUUUUUUUUUACGGCUUAAACCCUGGCCAGCGUUAAAGGAAUACUAUAGCGUUAGGAAUACAAACCUGUAUUUCUAACACAAUAUGGCCCCUCUCCCUAGAUAGAUUUAGACCCCUCCUCUCGAAAACCUAGAAAAUCGGUUUUACAAACCUUUUUUAACAUUCACGAGGUCUUCGAAGAUUGAUAAUCCAAUGCUUAUCAUAAAAAAGCGUUGAGGAUUUUAUGAGCAUGUGCCGCAAAGCAUUGAAUUUAAGGGUUUCCUUUGAGCUCCAAGGUCACAGGAGUUUUACUCAGUCAGUGCAGCAGACGUUUCCAUAAACUGCCAAUGUUUUACAUUGCAGGGAUUAAAUGACAGGACCACUACACCCAGGACACUUCAUUUUUGAGACAAAGUGGUCUGGGUGACUUUAGUGGUCCUUUAAUGGCAUUAGGUAAUUCUGCCAUGAAUGAUUCAGGAAUAUGUGGAAAAACUGAUACAAAAAGUACUGUCACAUUCUUCUACACAUCAUGUAACCACGAUUUCUCGACUGCUUUAUCUCUUCACAGGCCUUAUGCAUGUUCACAACAAACUGAUAGAUCCUCUCUACAGUAUGAAGAAAGAAGGGGAAGAUGCUGCACCUACAGCAAAGAAACCAUACAGUGACUGAACUAAAACAUACGCGUACAAUGCCAAUAAAGUGGGAAUGUGAUCUAGUCACGAGACGACAGAAUUGACCUCUUUGAGGACAAAGGGACCUAUCUUCAUAGUGCCAUCACCUUGGGCUUGUGGGAAGGACACAAAUAUGACUAUUUAAAGGGAAUCAACUGUACAGGAAAAUACAAGUCUUUAAAUGUUUUGCAAUUUCUUAUAGUCUUUGUAGCAAAAUAAAUUUCAGAUUUAUGCACUUUUAUUGAUCUGGCUUCUAAUCAGAGACAAUUUUUUUUUGUUUAAAAAAAAUAAAUAAAAA